CCGAGCCGACUGAGCCAUCGCUGCUACUAAAUAGAUUACAGUUAAUUGACUAACUGAAAAUAACGUAAUGUUCAAGCACACGACAUAAAGGUUAUUAUCAUUUGAUUGACCUAUUAUGUACACUGUACAUUGUUUUAUAAACAAAUUGUAAUAAUAAAGUAUAUUGUUUGAAUCAGUCGAUAUCAUUGUUUUAAAGAAUGACGAUGUUCGGCUGGUUUUUAUUAACAAUAUCGAUACAUUUAGUGCUCAUGGAAGAAAAACAAAAUGGCGUCGAAUAUAAAGAUGGCGGGAAGGCGCCCAGGAUCAAGUUGAACGAUGGCUAUUACAUGCCGGCAGUCGGACUUGGCACCUUUUUGGGAUUCGAUGAGAAUGGAGAAAGACAGACGAAUCAAGGCGAGGUGGAAAAUCAAGUGUCGUGGGGACUGCGAGCGGGGUACCGAUUAAUCGACACAGCGUCAGCUUACCACACAGAAGGUCAGGUCGGUGUUGCCAUAAGAAAAUCCCGGUUACGGAGGAAACACCUAUAUGUUGUAACUAAGUUAGGAUCACACGAACAGAGGCACGUGUUGGAAGCCCUACGCACCUCCCUCUGGAGGCUCAACAUGUCCUACGUGGACCUUUACCUCAUACACACUCCUGUCGCCUUCAAAGAUGACUGCAAAACUUAUGACGUCAUAGACUAUUUGGACACGUGGAAAACAAUGGAGGCAGCCAAAAGACUCCGAUUGGCCAAGUCCAUAGGCGUAUCGAACUUUAACAUCACUCAAAUGCGCAGAUUAUUAGCCAAUUGUGACAUCAAACCGGCAGUUUUACAAGUGGAAGUGAACCUGAAUCUAGGCCAGGACAAUUUAUUGGAAUUCUGCAAGUCCAGUGGCAUAGUGGUGAUGGCUAAUACUCCGCUCGGAUCCAUGUUCGAUUUCCGACCGGGACGCCCCCCACCGAGGCGCAACCAUUCUACCCUCGUGAGAAUGGCGCGAAAAUAUAGAAAAACAACGUCUCAAAUCGUGUUGAGAUAUUUGAAACAACGCGGCGUGGUCCCCAUUCCGAAAUCAAUGAAUAAGGAGCGGAUUGAACAAAACAUUAACAUAUUCGAUUUCCAACUUUCUUCACAUGAAAUGGCGAUAUUGAAGAUGUUCAACGAAAACUAUCGCACAGUGGUGCCCAGCGCCUGGCGAGGGCAUCCCUACUGCCCGUACGAGACAACUAAAGACCCCAUGGUACGGAUUAUCCCUUGACAAGAGACAUUUUUAAAGUGAAAACUUCUUGUGCACUUUUUGUGAUGGGUAAAAAAUUUUAAACGCGCGUCAGGAUUACAAUUCAUAAGACGUCAAAAAUGCACCGUUAAUAUUCAAGUUUUCACUUCUGCCGGCACUCCCGGAGUGCAACCCGUUUUUUAUAUGCCACCGUAGUAAGGACAUGUUGUCGAAUUUGACAUGAAAAUGGCUUUAAAAUUGUAUUGAGAUUCAAUAAACUGUGCCCGAUAAUAUAGAAACAAUGGAGAAUGCCUUUUAGACACUGCGAAAAAAAUUGUAUUUUUAUGGCAAAAACGCGAGGCUCUUCUAAAUCUAUGGCAAAAACGAAUAGGGAGUACCUCACGUUUAACCGGCCAGAAUACAGCACUGUAUGUUAGGUACACAAAAGCUUUGCCGCCUUUUGCUGUGUCGAUUAAAACGUUUAUUUUAGAGUACUUUAUUAAUCCUUUCAUUAUGUAAGCAUUCGUUUGUGAAAAUAAACAAUACUGUAGCAUAUUCGGGUGCCGAAAUAUUGGGAUAAAUCGUUUUCUAUAAGAUAAAAAAACUUUGGUGCUUUUUGCCUCCAUUGGCAAUGUUUGUGUACCUUAGUUAUACCAGUAGCGCCAUCUGCGCUGAGCUUUGCGUAAUAUGCCCUAUUGACACUUCCUGUCACUGAGUCUUCUCGUCAUUUUAUAUGACCCUUAGAUUAUGACCAAAGAGUUUAUAAAUCACUACAUGACAGCCACAGAUUUACAAAAUGGUUUUAUCAUGGAAUUAGUAAGUACUCACGAAGUACUUAUUAAAUCCAUGGGUUUCAUAUCUGUGAUAUCGUUUUGGCGAACGAGGGAACCACGAAAUUAAAAAAAAAAAAUCUGUGAUGACAGCACAAAAUUAAAAUACCUACAACA